CAAAAAAUCAAUUGAUUAAACGUCACAACAAACUCUGAAAUACACUUGUUGCUUGCUUUGAAAUAUUUGAAAUUUGUUGGUGCCCCAACAAUCUCCAUUAAAAAUUAUGGAUUCCAAAUAACACGUAAGACAUUUAUGAACGAAGUUUGAUACAUGGCACAGUUCAUAAUUUAAUAUAACCAAAUCUUUUCAUCUCUUUCUGUUGUAACACAUAGUUGCACAUUUAUUUUUAUUCUUUAAAAUUAAUAGCAGAUAGUAACAGCUGCGUCUAACAAUAUGAAAAUGAAACCAGACUAUGCAGAAAUGGUGGCAGCUGUUGCAUUUGGUGUACUUUCAGCCAUUUUUGUCAGUGCAUUUGUAAUUUUAGUAGUAAUAUGCAGAAAACAAAAAAUGUUUUACAAAUCAAUGUUCUUUGAGGAUGCUGGUGUCAGGCCUGAAAAACAUCUAAUUGAUUCUGAGCCUUCAGAACUAGAGUUGGGUGAAGUAAGUGCAAAUGUUGAAGAUCUAACCGAUGAGCAAUGGAUUGAUGAUGCUACAGGACUGAUACCACAUUGCCUUGCAAUUUUAAAAACUUGUAGAUAUCUCACAGAAAGACUGACUGCUCUAGCUAUGAGUUCUACUCCUGCUUCUGGAGAUUUUAGACAGAUUGUUGAGAGCGCAAGGAGAAUAUCGAGCAGAGUUGAUGACAUGGUAAGAAGUAUGUAUCCUCCUUUAGAUCCCCGACUUCUAGAAGCCCGAGCUGCAGCAUUAACGUUGGCUGUAACUCAUUUGGCCCUUUUGGCUAAAUACGAAUGUGGUUCAAAAGAAAGAACGCUGAUGUGGAUUGAUCAGUCUUUGCACGAUAUGGACAGUCAUUUAAUGUUUUUAAGAGAUGCAUCUGUCCAACAAGAAACAACAAGCAAAAUCCCGAAUUCUAUGAAUCUGAGUACUCCUUUAUGAGUGUAAAGAAAUCCUUAUAUACUCUAUCUUUUAUACAUAUAUAUACACUAUUUGGAAAAUAAUAUAUACAUAAAUAAAUAUAUUUUAAACAAA